UCUCACACCAGCAUACACAGAUGGAGGCUACUCAAUCUUGACAGAGUGGAGACCGUGGAAGCGUUGCUGGACACGAGGACCUGAAGGAAGAGAAGGAGAAGAAAGGAGAGAAGGAGAGGGGGAUAAUAAUGGAGUGCAAGGAGAAUGUGAUCCACUUCCUCAGCUGGGGGUUCAUCGUCGGUGCGGUGGCGUAUCUCCUUCAGCAGACCAGGACCCAGACCCCGUAUGGACGCUACGUGACCUCGGAUGGGACCCCAGGGAGGACCUGUCCUGCCAAGCUGGCCUGGUUCCUCCAGGAACUGCCUUCUUUCCUGGUGCCCAUGCUCCUUCUGCUCUCCACUGACACACAGCCCAGCCUGGGCAAAGACCUUCUUCUCUGGACCUUCUGUCUGCACUACUUUCAAAGAACGUUCAUCUACUCCUUGCUGACCAAAGGCCGCCCUUCCCCUCUCUACAUUGUCUUCUCUGCGUUAGUCUUCUGUUCCGUCAACGGUUUUCUCCAAGGCCACUACAUGCUCCACUGUGCCACGUACGAUGACACGUGGCAGACCGACAUUCGUCUAGGCACCGGUUUGCUGAUGUUUUUCCUGGGAAUGGCCAUCAACAUUCACAGUGACCACAUUCUUCUAAAUUUGAGAAAACCCGGAGAGGUUGUUUACAAGAUUCCAAAAGGGGGAAUGUUUGAGUAUGUCUCCGGAGCAAACUUCUUUGGAGAGAUUCUGGAGUGGUGCGGGUAUGCCCUAGCAACGUGGUCCCUGACAACGUUCUCCUUUGCCCUUUUCACCAUGUGCUCGAUUGGACCGCGGGCCUACCACCACCACAGGUACUACCAAGAGAAGUUUGAAGACUACCCUCGGUCGAGGAAAGCUGUGAUACCUUUCAUAUUAUAAGAAGAACAGCAAACCAGAGAAGCCUUAAUAAAUGGACUGACCUAGCUAAAAUCAUGAGUCAUAGCCAUGAUAUUGGCAUUUACUGAACUCUGAAAUCAAAUGUAUUUAUAUAGCACAUCUUGCAUCAGCUGAUAUCUCAAAGUGUUGUACCGUAACCCAGCCUAAAACCCCAAACAGCAAGCAAUGCAGGUG